AUGGUAGGUGUUGUGGGGGUCAAUUUUUGCCCCAACUGCCUAGGCUGUUCUUGUCUAGACUCAAACAAGGCAGUUGUGGGCAGUUCUUAUUGUAGCUUGCAGAUAGGCAAUGAUGGGGCUGUGUUGACAGAGCGAAAGGAAGUCUGUGACUUUGCCCGCAAACAUAAGGCAGACCAUUCUACUUUUGUGAGCAAAGUAAAGGUUGGGAAUCCUUGUUCCUGGUUCUACAACUACUAUUGGCUACCUUUUAUUCCUCUAGCGAUUGCUAUGGUUGUGGGGACAAAACUUGAAGUUGUAAUAACCAAAAUGUGUUUGGAAAGCUACAAAAGAAACGCUGUGAUUCUAGGGGCUUUUCCAGUGAAGCCCAAUGACGAACUUUUCUGGUUUCGUCAACCUAAGUGGCUUCUUCAUCUCAUCCAGUUCAUCUUAAUCCAGAUAUUGCAGAACUCCUUUCAGCUGGCAUUCUUCACUUGGACAUGGUAUGAGUAUGGCCUAAGAUCUUGCUUCAAUAGAGAAGAUAUGGACAUAGCCUUAAGGAUUGCUACGGGCGUGAUUGCUCAGUUCCUUUGUGGUUAUGUGACCCUCCCUCUUUAUGCACUCGUGACACAGAUGGGUUCGAACAUGAAGAAAGCUGUAUUCAGUGAUCUUAUAAUUAAGGGUCUCAAAAACUGGCAUAAGCUUGCAAAGCGCAAUAUUUCCAGAAACAGAUCAAGUGUGAUCAUCUCAACAGAUUCAUGGCCUAUUGACAGCACUGAAACUUCAUCAUCGGACAGGAAAAGCUUAUAUAAUCCAAAGGUUGGCCACCUUCCUCCCUUAGAACUCAUGCUCUCUCCAAGCCAAGAAAUCACUGAAGAGACAACGCAACACUACCAUAUUCCUCCAGCAGUUACAAGCUUAUUAAGUCCUGAAAUCACUGAAGAGAAAACACCUCACAAGAUCGUGGCUAGAGGAACCUAUGACGGUGAAAUCUCAUUUGCAAGCAACUGGAAGGACUUGGUGAGUGGAAAGGGCAGUGAAGACAUCUCUUUAUCAUCAGUUUGAAGACGACCCUGGGUUCAUAACUGACUUCAAUCUCUAAUAUAUCGUUCCUUGUGAAUUCUUCGUCUUAUAAUGAAAUUGCUAAGUGCAUACUGGUGCAGACAUUCCUUUUUCUUUUUUCUCUUUUUAGUAGGUAAGAUACACACACAAGCACCCACUAUGUGCCCCUAUAGAACUUGAUCCCCCAACCUCCAAUCAAAAAGUUCUCUAAUUCCUGCCUAUUCAAGGGGAAAGCAGAAAGCACCACUUCAAUCUCAAUUGAAAGAACUGACACAAAUUGUAUUCUUCUUUGGU